AUGGAGUGUGACGACGGCGAAACAGGCACGGCCACGAUAUUGGUCGAGCAUGCGGCCGAAGGGGAAAAUCGCAUGAUCAUCAUCAUUCUUGGAGCAAACCAUGCUGGAAUGGAUGUUGAGCGUGUCGAGGGGCUUUUCGGGUGCGAUCGCGAUCGGCAUAGCUCGCCUCACGUCGUCGUCAUCCAAGGCGAGCUCCCGCGGACGACGACGCUGGCGCUAACUACAACACUUCAAUAUCCCAAUUGUGCCUGCGAUAUCCCUAGCCAUGCGUACUCCUUCAAGUGGGCUCUCAACCCGGAAUGGCCGAGGUUUUUCAGCAAGUCCGAGGACAUCUGGCAAUACUUGGACAAGAUAUGCAAGGUAUUCAGCCUUCGACGGUACAUGACCUUCAACGCGAGUGUUGUUGAGUGCCGAUGGAAACCUCAACAGGGAAAAUGGAGUGUCAAGUACGAACAAAUCAUUAAUGGGGAGACGCUGGCUUUUGAGGAAACCUGCGACAUUUUGCUCCAUUUGACUGGAGUAUUGAACAAGCCAGCCUGGCCGUCAGUGGACGGCCUGGAUGUAUUCAAGGGAAAAGUGAUCCACACUGCAUCGUGGCCGAAGGGCUACAACCAAGCCCAAUGGCAGAAGGAAAAGGUUGCUGUGAUCGGUAGUGGAGCAUCCUCAAUCCAGACCGUGCCUGGGAUGCAGCCAUUUGUGCGACACAUGGACAUCUUUGUCCGUACUGCGGUUUGGUUUGUCCAAAUUGCCCGAAACUACGGCCAGAAUUAUGAAUACUCUCAGCACGAUAAAUCCACCUUUCGAAAAGACAAACGGCGUAUCGUUGAGCAUGCCAAAGAUCUCGAAGACCAAGUCAACGGGAUUUUUGAUGGAUUCUUCCGUGACUCGGACGCCCAAAAAGACCUACGCGACACUUACACGGCGCGGAUGACCAGCAUGAUCAAAGAUGAGAAGUUGAGGAAAGGCUUCACGCCCAAGUUCGCGGUCGGUUGUCGCAGAGUCACCCCAGGUGAUCCGUAUAUAGAAGCGGUCCAACAACCCAAUGUCUCUGUCCAUUUCACGGAUAUGCAGAGAUUGACCGAGAACGGAGUCGUCGGGAUGGACGGUAUCGAACGCCAGGUUGACACGGUCAUCUGUGCAACAGGCUUCGAUGUCUCUUUUCGACCUGUUUUCCCGGUCAUCGGCGAGCAUGGUGUCGACCUGGCCGCAAAGUGGAAGAAGAUACCCGAAUGCUAUUUGGGUAUCACCAUACCUGGCUUCCCGAACUUGGCGACCUUUAUCGGUCCGACAUGGCCAAUCUCGAACGGGUCUUGUUUGGGACCUCUGGAUGCUGUUGGCAACUACGCCAUCCAGAUGAUUUAG